CGUGACCUCACUGCCGGAGAUUGUGACGCAGUACCACGUAUCAGCAACGGUCAUAUAUUAAACGUACUUGUCGAUGUGUAUAAAAAAAAUCACCGGAUUCCUCAGUCGCCUGACACCGUUCACAAGUUUCGUCUACAAUUCAAAGUCACAGUAUCUCGUCAGAAGUGGGUCGGAAUCCAGAGCAGGAAGACGCUGUGAAAAAAAACAUCAUGGCUACAAGUCCGCAGGGUAUACCAUACAAAGACCUUAAACACUUCGUCAAUGUUGACGGGCAGUGUAUCUACACAAGAGGCUGGGCCCCUUCCGAUAACAUAAAACUGAGGGGACUGUGUUUAAUAUUGCAUGGGGCAACCGAACAUAGCGGACGUUUCAGCAAAAUCGCUAUACCACUGACUGGAUUGGGUGUUAUGGUAUAUGCACAUGAUCACGUUGGUCAUGGACAGAGUGAGGGCGAUCGAGUCGACAUUACAGACUUCCAUAUAUAUGUACGGGACACCCUACAACACGUUGACAUUAUAAAAGAAAAGUAUCCAAAACUACCGAUCUUUCUGAUCGGGAAUUCCAUGGGCGGUGCAAUUGCUAUCCUGACGGCUAUGGAGAGGCCCAAACAGUUCACAAGUGUUGUCACGAUUGGACCGGCUAUUAAAUUAAAUGAGUCAUUAAUUUCUGAUUCAUAUCAAAAUAAGAAAAUAAUCCCAGAAACUCUGACAAGAGACCCUAAAGAGAUAGAGUUAUUUCGAACGGAUCCACUAGUGUACCACGACGUGAUGAAACCACGGUUCUUGUCUCAAUUGCAUAGUGCAACUAUGGAGAUUCAGAGCAAAAUGGCGUCCGUCUGUUGGUCAUUUUUUAUACUGCAUGGAGACGCUGAUGUUCUGUGUGACAUAGAAGGCUCAAAGAUGAUGGUAGAAAAAGCACAGAGCACUGACAAGCGCUUACAGGUAUAUCCCGGGCAUUAUCACGCAUUGGCGGCUGAGCCGCCACAAAACGCAGUGGUUGUCCUGAGAGACAUAACAUCGUGGAUUGGAACGAGAUUACCAUAAAAUCAACUCAAACUAGAUGAAGUUCAUGGAAUAAACUAACGCCGGUCGUUUGUUGCCGUUUGUACUAACCAUGUGAUUAUCGCAUGCUUAUUAUCACGUGACAUUAACAUUCCCGUGUUUAUCUCAUUAUUACAAUUUGCCCAAUAUCAGCACCUAUACAAUCGCGAGAUACAAGUCACUAGUGUAAGAACACGUCGACAUAUAAGUUUUCUCGGACCAGGAGUUAUGUAACACGCAAAAUUUGGUGGCGAGAGCACGAAUGGGAAACUAACUAACAUAAAACAAUUAUGAAUCCCUCACAGCGCUAUAUUGAAUGAGGUGAAGGGUCCAUGGCAGGACAAUGUCCGAGGCGAAGCC